UACUGAGUCUGAGCGAUAUAAACUAAAAUUUAACAAUGAAAACGGCAGAUACUACUGAAAAAUUUCACAUUGCCCAUGAAAGUACUCAUUUAAGAAAACCCAUCUUUGAAGGCUAUAACGAUUAUGAGCAGCCGUCAAUUUGGGUGUCUUUUUUUACAUAUUUCAGCUACGCUAUAUUAUCUGUGUACGGACACAUUUAUGACUUACUUGUAAAACUCAAAGUUAAGGAGGACGUACUUAAUGAAAUUGAAAAAGGAAACGAAGGUUUUGUUCCAUUGAUUACGGAUUUUGGGGAUUUUUUUAAGAAGAAUAUGUACCGGCGUUUAAGUGAUUGUUAUAAUAGACCGGUUACUAACGUUCCAGGCGGGCGAGUAGACGUUUUGCAUCGAGAAUGGGACGAUCAUAUUUGGAGUUAUACUGUAAAGAAAAGCUUUCGGAAUUGCUUGAAUUUGGGAUCUUAUAAUUAUUUAGGAUUUUCUCAGAAUGAAGGUCCUUGUGCAGAUUUUGCUGUGGUUGCUAUAAAAAAAUACGGAAUUGCUACUGCGAGCCCCGCCAUCGAAUUGGGAACGCAAGACAUAACUUUGGAUUGUGAACAGCGCAUUGCCCGUUUUGUAGGAAAGGAAAGGCUUUACAAGAAUUAUAAUGAAUAUAUUUACAUUGAAAAAUAUAUAAAAUACUUUGAAGGCUUUAUCUGGCUUUAUAUAUAUACAUGA